AUGGAAGAGGAUCAGCAUACAUGGGGCUACAUCAUUGAAAUAAGACAAGUGAAACAACUCAGACCGAGGCAAGGAGAGAGAAUGUCCUCACCUUCUUCCCUGCCAGGCCAUUACCCUCUGCAGGCAGUGUCGCCUCGGAAACAGUGGGAAGAUGACGAGUCUCCCGCUGUCUGUGGUGACAUCUGGGUUAUUGUCCACCCUGGGCACACCCGUGUCAUUGCAAUCCUUUAUUUUCAGGCGGAUUCCACUGGACUAAAGGCCUCAGCUGUUGAAAGCAAAAGUGCAAAAUGGCCUUUCGAUAACCUGAAACACCCUAUUUCACUGAAUGUGACGCCCUGUGUAACACUGAAGAAAUCCAAAGGAACUUUGGUCCUUUCCUACAUUCCAAGGAGAGAUAUAAAAGACCUGCGUUUCAAUCUCAAAGUGUCUCUCAAUUCCAUGGUCUUUCCAAUGCGCCAAGAAGUGGUUUGUCGAGGAUCUGAUGGUGUGUACUCUUUCUGCAGAGCUCUGAAAGGAGAGACGGUGAAUACAAACGUAUCAUUCUCCUACACGGCUCUAAACUUUUUUAAGGGACAAUACACAAUUGUUGUAGAAGCCGUCACUGGAAGUCACGACGACCAGCUCUUCUGUUUGAAUGUGACCGCCAUACACGAAUCUAAAUUCAAAUAGAAUAAAUUGAGCAUG